GACGCAAAAUCUGCGACGCCAGUGCUUGCCUUGGCUGCAGCCUGAGCCCGGCUUCAGUCGCUCCAGGCACAGCGGACUUUCUUCGGAUGGUUGCAGCAGAGGGAUCAUGACGGGGAAGAAAUCUUCCCGGGAGAAACGUCGCAAACGUAGCAGUCAGGAGGCAGCCGCGGCGCUCGCGGCCUCAGACCUCGUGCCCGCCCUUGCCAGCGGCGGCAGUGGAAGCACCAGCGGCUGCGGGAGCGUCAGCUGCUGUGGGAACGCCAGCUUCAGUGGAAGUGUCACCGGUGGUGGGAGCGGGGGCAGCUGCUGGGGCGGGAGCAGUGAGCGUCGGAAGCGGAGGAGCACCGACUCAUCCUCCAGCGUCUCGGGCUCUCUGCAGCAGGAAACCAAGUAUCUUUUGCCAACUUUGGAAAAAGAAUUAUUCUUGGCAGAACACAGUGACCUUGAAGAAGGUGGACUGGACCUGACUGUGUCAUUGAAACCAGUUAGUUUCUAUAUAUCAGACAAAAAAGAAAUGCUUCAACAGUGCUUCUGUAUUAUAGGAGAGAAGAAGUUACAGAAGAUGCUUCCUGAUGUGUUAAAGAACUGUUCAAUAGAAGAAAUUAAAAAACUGUGCCAGGAACAGUUAGAGCUUCUGUCUGAAAAAAAAAUCUUGAAGAUUCUUGAGGGUGACAAUGGACUGGACUCUGAUGUGGAAGAGGAGGCAGAUGAUGGCUCUAAGAUGGGAUCUGAUUUAGUCAGUCAGCAAGAUAUUUGUGUAGAUUCUACUUCAACCUUGAGAGAGAACAAGCAACCUGAAGGUUUGGAAUUAAAACAAGUUUUGCCUUUCCUGGAUCUCAUAUACCUGGAAUCAUACAGCAAAGGGGAAGAUAGUGAUGUACUCAGUAUAAAUGCAGAUGCUUAUGACAGCGACAUAGAAGGCCCAUGCAACGAAGAAGCUGCUGCUCCUGAGGUCCCAGAAAAUACAGUGCAAAGCGAAGCUGGUCAGAUAGAUGACCUGGAGAAAGACAUUGAGAAAAGUGUGAAUGAGAUUCUGGGACUGGCAGAGUCUAGCCCAAAGGAACCCAAAGCAGCCACCCUGACUGUUCCUCCACCAGAAGAUGUUCAACCUUCUGCACAGCAGCUGGAGCUGCUAGAACUUGAGAUGAGGGCAAGAGCAAUUAAGGCCCUAAUGAAAGCUGGUGAUAUAAAAAAGCCAGCCUAGUUGUUUAACUUGAGUUUGAAUUUUAGAUGUGUUUGAAUGAAGCCAUGUCAUAUACUUUUGUAUCUGAAGUUUAUUUUGGGUCUUACGUGUUACUUCUCAUAUAACCCUUAUUUGGUAGACUCAUUUUGACCUAAAAUAUGGUUGUUGUUAUUGUUUUUUAUUUUAUAUUAGAAAUGUGUGUUAUUGUCUUAUGAAUUCAUGACAAAUAUAGUUGGAUAGACUGGAUACUUUGUUAAAUGAUUAUUUAGCUAUGUCUACAAAUUAUCUUAAAAGCCAUUAGCAAAGAGUCAUGGUUUAUUUUUUUAUUUUUAUUUUUCUUUAUUUUUAAAAGUUUGGGCACCAAACCUAAAAACUUAAGAAAGAUCGACCAAGCAUGUUUCUCUUAAGGCUACCUAUAUUUUGCAAUAGACUAUUAAAUUAUUGCUCCUAGAUUUGUUAACAAUUUAAGAAAUUUAGUUUUGCUUAUAUACACUUUUAAAAUAUGUACUAUUUUGAAGAUUUCUUAUAUGGGUGUGGAUUUCUUAAUUAAAAGUGAAUAAUUUUUGUUAUCAGGCUUAGAGAUUUGAAAUGGCUUAGAAAAACUUUUUUUAUAAAAGAAAGGAUUUAAGGCAAUUUUUAACUAUGUAGAGUUAAUUGCCCAUGUUUAAUUACAGCAGAUGAGCCAUUCUAACAGGUAUUUGAUACUAUUGGACACUUCAUUUAAAUUUUUUUCCUCACUAAAAAAGGAACAAGUUUUCAUUUACAUUCCAAGCUAUCAGGAAAAGGAGAAUAUUUUAUUAUACAUGAUUUCAUCUGGUGUUAUUGCUUGAAGAUUUGAUAUGCUAUAAUUCCAUGAAUCAAAAAUAAUAAAAGUCUAUCAUUCUGGACCUGAAGACUUUUGAUAUUUUUCCAAAAGCAAAAUUAAUUUCAGGAACCUUUGCUAAGUUGCUAUAAUUAAUCUAAUUUUGUAUCGUUUUUUAAAUUAACAUUCUGCCACAAUUAACAGAUGUGUUUUUCCUCCAUCACUAAUUGCAGUUGUUUGAUAUCAAAAUAAAUUUUAAGUAGAAACUCUUAAACUAAUUUUUUUCCUAAAACAUAAAUCCGGAACCGUUGUUUUUAUAUUUGAUAACAAAUAUAAUGUAUUUAUAAGCCAUGCUCUACUCAUCUUGUAUGAGGAUUUUGCUUAUACACAAAACUUUCAGGGAUUGUGUUUUAUUAGUGGGCUUAAUUAUAUGUUAGAGAGUUUUUAAAUGGAAAUAGAGGACAUUUAUGAAACGUUGGAGCUGCAGUUACAGAUUCGUUUUUCUGUUGUUCCUGAAUAUGCCAUUUUUUCCCCUUCCCUGAGUCUUUCUAAUGAAGCCCAUAAGCCUGUAUCAUUUGAAAUGCGUCUCUUAGGCUGGUAACUGUGAAUAUGAUUUAAGUUGUGAGUUUUCAUUAUCAUAGUUUCAAGAUGAAGAAGCAUUGAUUAUGGUAAAAUGCUUUUUCUAUUUCAGCUUAAACUUAACAUUAAAAUAUAAACCAGUAAAGAAUAAACUGUAUUGCUGCUUACUAAUUAUAAAAUACAGUAGAUAGCAUUUGUGUUAUUAAACAUAUAAGAGUAGGAAAAGGUCUUAGUGCUUUGUAGCUGAUUAAAGUAACUACUUUCAUGAAGCAUCAUGUGUCAGUUCUAUUCAGUGUGCAGAAUGGUUUGGAGGACAUUUUACUGAAGUGGAUAUGUGUGAGGUAGAAUGAACUGAACAAAUUAGAGGCUACUUAGAUUCCUACUUUGGAAAAUUUGCUUUUUCUCUUAUUUAUUCUUUUUUUAAUGUUGAAAGACUUGAGAGCUUUUAGAAAAUAUGUGGCUUUAAAGAAUAGAAAUAAGUUUGUGUUAGAAAUGUCUAAGUAAUGGAAAAUACUGUGUAUUGAUCUGAUGCUGCCAUUUAAAUCAUCAGCUCAGAGGUAUUUGUUGAAUGCAUUCAAGGUUGCACCGUCUUGUUCAAAUCUUAAACCUACAGAUGUUACAGUAUAGAUUUUUAGCAUGGAAUAGGCUGAUUAAUAAAGACAUGGAAUGCUGCUUA